ACUUGUACAUGGAGGAGUAGUAUAAAUACAUGUGUAUUGUGGGCACAUGGUAUUACUAUUUAGAAAGAAUACCAAGGUUGGUUGUCAUGGAGCAAAACAAGCAUCAGGGUCAAACAGCGAAAGGAAAGGAGCGGGUGGAUCACGAAGCCGACAACAGGGGGAAAGCCAUGACCUUUGAGCAAUGCUUGGAUAUGGAACAACGACUUGAGAGAGCUUUCAAACAUGUCCAAUCCCAAAAGGCCCAAGCAUAUAACGAACAGGCAAAAAAGGUGUGGGAAUUAGAGGUUGAGCAUGCAAGGUUGGUUAUGGAGAUCGAUGGACGCAGGUCGAAGAGGAGGACAGCUGACGACAACGAGAGUGUGUCAAGCUCGCAACCCAAAUAGCCCUUUUAUCAAGUGCCUCCGCCACUAGUCCCUAUGAUACUGCGUUUAUCGUGUAAAUCUAACUAAAAGGAAAUAAAACAACGGAUAUCUUCUGCUUCA